GCAUCUUUCUGAUAGUUUUUCGUGUUUUUUGUUAUAAUUAAUAUUGAAUUGAAUUGAAUAUUAUUGAAUAUCGUUUUAUUCAAGUAAGUAAACGUUCUAUUAACGUUUCACAAGUUUUAUUCAAGUUUUUAUUGUUUUACAUUCAGUCACCGAAAUAAUUACUUCCCAGUGAUACAAUACACAAGAGGUAAUGUUUUUUCUUAAUUAAAUACAUUACUCUUACAAAAAUGUUUAGAUUCUCUAAAUAUUCGCGCUUUUUGUAUAUUUUUCCCCUUUGAUAGCGAUAGUUACAUUGUUAAAAAUCCAACAAUGACAAUCUUUUUUUCUGUGUGUAAAACGUGUAAAAUAAUUCCGGUAUUCGUAGCAAGUACGAAAUUGAUUAAAAAGUGUUUUUUACCCUGACUUUAUGAUUGUGUAUUUGUUAAAAAAGAGAGUUGAAAAAUUGGGAAAAUUUCUCAAUAAAGUAGUUUUUAUUAAUAUGGCGGUUAGUUGGAAAACACGUGUAGUCGAGUGCGAACAGUGCGAGAGUAAGGCAGGUAAUUGGCAGAAUGAACAUAUCUGUCAAUUAAAGGGAAUCGUGAAGAGAUAUUUUGUGGUUGAUAUGUUUAGUUAUGGAUAUUAGUGUUAAUGCUAGUGGAAAAAAACCGAGUCAUAAAGAAUGGAGACGAAGAGUAAAAAAGGAACGACGAAGACGUCUUCGUCGUAGAGCAGCAGAGGAACGUGACGCAGACGCUGAACGUUUGAGGGCGGCACUUGAAAAAACCGCGGAAUAUUCAAACUGGAUUAAAGAACAAGAGGAGGAAGAAAAACAAAAGGAAAUUGUCGAGGAACAGGAAAGAAUUCAAGGGGAGCAUGAGUGGUGGGAGAAGGAGUUAAGGGCUCAGGAGGAAUGGAGAGCUCUGCAAGAACGAAGAGAAAAAGCACGACAAGCGCAAUUAGAACAAGAAGAGAUGAUUCGAAAGGAGUACGAGACGAAGCAAGAGGCGCAACGGCGAAAAGUGGAGGAGGAGAAACGUCGAAUAGAAAAGGAACUUGAAAGACAGGAGGAAAUACAAAAGCAAAUAAAUGAUUACAUUGAUAAUGGAGCGAAGACUCCUGAAUUUCUUCGUACGAUUACAGAAACGCAAUCGAAAAAUGCGGAAAUAUGUCAAUUCUUCACGAAAACUGGAUCGUGCAGAUACGGCGACGUUUGCUCAAGAAAUCAUCAAAAAGUUGGUCUCAGUAAGGUGAUAUUAAUUCCCGGAUUUUAUUCUCAUUAUUCAUUGGAAAAUAAUCCAGCUGAUGGUGAUAAUGAUUCAUUUCUUGAUGUUGAUCGUGCAGAAUUGCGACAACAUUUUGAGGAAUUCUACAAGGACGUUGUUCCUGAACUUGAAAGUUUUGGUAAAAUUAAAACAUUGAAAUUCUGUCGUAAUUCGGAAGCGCAUUUACGUGGCAAUCUUUAUGUGGAAUAUUAUACUGAACGUGACGCUGCGAGAGCGGUUCGAAAACUAAAAGGACGAUGGUUUGCGAGACGACAAAUUCAUUGUGAAUUCACUGGAAUAAAAUCAUGGAGGACGGCAAUUUGUGGAAUGGCUCGUUGCCCGAAAGGACGAUUUUGCAAUUUUUUGCAUGUCUUUAGAAAUCCCAAUAAUGAAUAUGACGUUAAGAGUCCACCGAGAUGGGUCAAGAGGCUCGACGAAAGCAGUCGAAGAAGCGAAAGCAGAAAUAAAGGAAAUAAUUGGGAUGAUUCGGUGCGUGGCGAUAUGGAUAACAAUAGUCGGAACUGGAGAUGGGAUUCACCGGAUCCAGAGCCAGAUCGUAAGGACGGCGAUCGUCGUCGUCGUUAUUCCGACGAUCGUUAUCAAAAUUCAAAGCGUAACAAUUAUCCGUCUUCCAGUAGAUUUCGCAAUCAUCACAAUGAUAAUAAAAUGAAUCGCGACUAUGAUGACACAUCAGAAGAGGAAUAUUACUCGAAACAUUAUAAAAAUUCCAACAGACGUUCAAGUCGCUACGAAGAUGAGCAUAGAAAUGGAAAUGGUGAUUCAAGACACAGACGUCGAAAAUAUUCCAGUGGUAAAUCUCGUCGUUCGCGAAACGAUCGCAGCCGACAUAGAAAACGAAGCCACGAACGAGACAGAUCAAAGGAACAUCGCAGUUCACGAAAGAAAACGAAACGUUCCCACAAUUCCGAUACAAAUGAAGACAACACGAAAGAUACAAAAUCAAAUUCUAAAGAAAUCGAAUCAAAAUGGGACUAUGAUGUUGCCAACGUUAAGGAAAAAUCAAACUCCUCAUCAUCGAGUUCACCAGCGUCGUCAACAAAUUCAUCAUCAAGUUCACAAGAACAAAAUGAGGAAUCAAUUAUUGAAACACUAGAAACAAAUAUUGUGAAAACACCAAAUGAACAUUUGCAACCGAAACCAGUGGAGGAAAAGUUUGCCAUUCCUGAAUAUUACGAAUGGGACACGACAGAAUCGGAGAGUGAUGAGAAAAAAUAAUUUAUAAUUCUAAUUGUAAAACUAUUAAUUAAUUUACGCAUUUAUAAAAAAAAGUAUUUUUUAUAAAAACGAAGAAGAGAAAAAAGUUUUCCACUGAAUGAUGAUGAAAAAUAAAAAAAAAAAUUGUAUAGUUCUUUAAAAAUACAUGUAGAUUAAUUUUCAAGUUUUGAGUGAUUAACAAAAUGAGAAGGAAGGAA